AUGGGAGUGAGUUGCUCGUUUUCCUCGGCUCCUGAGAAGAGUUCAUUCUUCUCAAGAUUUAUAAAAACGAUGAUUUCGACGUCGAGAAGCAGUCCUGGUACCAUGGUUUUCGGCCUCGCAGAGAUGUGGAGUGAGUUUUUUUUUUCGGUUUCAAUGGAAUAUUUUGCUUGGUUCCGCGAAGAGUUUACAUGAUUCCCAGGACUUUCCUCCACACCUUUCUACCGUACAUUAAGGUCCUUUAUUGUAACUUUUCGUUUCAAGACCUCCUCUACCAUAAUCAAGCCUACUGUACCUCAAAUACCAAUUUUUUUCCUCUUACUAUAACCAAGCCGUCUACCGUAUUUCAAGUUAUUGCUUUGAUUUUUUGUUCCAAGACCUUCUCUACAGUAAUCAAGCCUAACUUACCUCAAAUAAUUUUUGCCUCUUACUAUAACUCAAGCCGUCUACCGUAUCUCAAGUCAUCGUUUUGAUUUUUCGUUUCAAGACCUCUGCAAGUCUUAAGAAGGCCCUUCUUCUAGGACUGAAAACCUAAACUCUCUUUCUUUUUCUGCCGUAAGCAAACAAUUAACCGUAUCUUAACUCUCAUCUCACUUUUUCGUUUCAAGACCUCUCUCACAAAAACCUAGCCUCAUACGGUACUCUCACCAAAUCUUCUGCAAUAGUAUCUUCUACCGUACCUCAAGUCUUACCCUGAAAUUUCGUUUCAAGACGUCUCCGAUCUUGAACGGCCUACCAUAAUUCAAGACUAACCAACCAUUUAAAAAAUUUUUCCCGAACUAAAAUUCUAACUUUUCUACUUAUUUCUACCGUAAUUAUGACCAAAAUAUUCACCUUAUCUCAACUCUCAUCUUAGUAAUUCGUUUCAAGACCUCUCCUAACUUAUUCAAGGUUUUUCCGCGCCUCAAAUCACUCUUAAUCUUCUACAAAAGUACCUUUUUCAAAUUAAAAUUCAAAAUUCUACCGUACCUCAAACCUCACCCUUAUAUUUCGUUUCAAGACCUUGUCUAACUAAAUUCCCACAAAACCUCUUCAAGCCCUCCUUUCGGAACUAAAGUUAGGGACCGCAGACGAAUUUUCAAAAAAAUUUUUUCAGCAAUGAGCUUUGUAUGGUUUGAUAGCUGUUUCGAUUCAAAACUCAGAACCGUUUAGUUUUUUGAAAAAGAUUGAGGAUGAAAAAGUUAUGACGAAAAAAUGUGGCGCGCCGCGCACCAUUUUUAGAACUGAAAUUUUGGUAUUAUCCAUUUUUUUGACAUUUUUUUCUCGAUUUUUCUAGAACAAGUUUUUGAUACUGGUCUAUUAUGAUGUAACAAAUCAUAAUAGAGUGCUAAAAUGAUGCUAAUCAGCUAGUUUGCCGAAAAAGUCGGUAUUUUCCAGAAAACAAAAAACUGGCGCUUGCGGGCAUCGAACUCGCGACCUCAAAAUGAAAAAUCGCAGCGCACGCGCUGCGCCAAGCUGUUAGGUCUAGCGAGGGGAGUUUCCAUCCGCCAUACCCUUGAGCCGUUUGGAUAGCACAGAUUGCCUAUUUCAAAAACUUGUAGUAAUUAAGCUAUUUUUUUAUCAGAAUAUGUUCGCAAAUCUUUACUCAAACUUUCCGUGGAAAUUCACUUCGAAAAAAAGCUGUUUUUUUUAGUGUUUUUUUGCCUCGUUUAACGAUCGCUGCAUUAAAACGGCCCCGUAUAUUUUCGGCAAAGACGAAUUUUUUAUUUUAUUUUUUUAAUUGAAAGAUUUGUUACUAAUAAAUGUAUAUAAUCGUUUGAAAAACCUGCGUUCGACCGCUUUUUGUGUGAUAAACGCCGCUAAUUUUAUUCUCUAUUUUCAAGAGCAUUUUUGCGUAUCAAACAACUUUUUCAAGCACAUAUUCUGUGGAGAAAAAUUUAAAUAAGCCCAUGGUCUAAGUUCUGAAAAAACAAAAACUCGAUUAUAUUCGCUUAUUAACGAUAUUUUGAAUUAUGACUUUCGGCACUCCCUAAAAAUUUUUUUGGCAAAGACGAAUUUUUUUAUUUUAUUGUUUUAAAAUUACCGUUACUUGAAUCAAAAAUCAUUAUAUAAAAAAAGAAAGAGUGCGUUCGACCUGAAUACACAUGAAAAAGCAAAAAACGACAAAAUUUUUUAGUUCCAUUCACGUUUUUGUACGACAUUCCGCGCGAACGCAUCAAAAAAGCGUGAAAUAUUUUUUAAACGAAAGAGGAAGCUUUUCUGUACAUGUCUGCCAAAUUUUAUUAGCCAGUUCCACAUAUUUUGCAACUACAGCAAAAGGAAAGUUGAAAACCAAAAAAAAGCCACUUUUUCUAUCGCGAAAAGGGGCGUGGCUUUGCGGUCCCUAACUAAAGUUCUAACUUUUUUCUUUUUUCUUGUCUACCGUAGCUAUAACCGAAAUAUUCACAGUAUAUUCCCCUCUCAUCUCAAUAAUUCGUUUCAAGACCUCUCCUAAGGAACCACCGCACCCUCAAACCUCAUUCUAAUACUACUUUUCAAGGCCCCUGCUGCCAGAACCUGGAGACUUUCUCGUCCGCGCCACCGACGCCCGCACCAAUAAUGUCGAAUUAGUUCUUUCAGUGAAGAGCAACGACAAAGGCAUCAUUAACCUAACCAUUGUGUUUGUUAUCUUUUCCUAUGAUCGAUUAGAGUUUGACGGUGUUUUUUUCGACUGUCAUGACGCAUUUGGAAUGGCUCAAGGCAUCGCGGUCGCGUUGCGGUUUAUUGGGAUGAUUUGAAGCCGUACGAAUAUUUUUGGUACUACUUUUUGGAUAAAAUGUGUCAGAAGAAACGGGAAGUUUUGAGAAAUCGUUCCUUUUUUUUAAAACUUUCUGUUCAAAAACUUUUCUGCUUUUUCUGGGCUCUCUCAAAACGUUGCGCUCUUGUUAUUUUAAAAAAUAUGGUUUAAAAAAAAUUAUUUAUGAUAAAAUUUGCCGAGCUCGUAAGUCGCAAGUUUCACAAGCUCUUGCAGGUUUCGCAAGUGAGAUUGGCGGAACCCGUUCUGGGUCGGGCGCAAUUAAAAACUCCAUUUUCCUUUGAGACAUUAAGCGGUCUCUAUUAAUGAUCUUCUACAUUAUUUUGCGAAAAACCGUUUCAUGGUCGGGCGCAAGCAGUGUCGCGACGCGUCUAGCCAUUCCAACUGCGGCCACAAAAUUUUAAUAAUCCAUUUUUUUUUUACAAAGAAUUACGUUUUUUUUAAAGCUUUUCUGACGGGAAGUGGCACUUGGGAAUUCUAAAAAAAGCGAAAAUCGUGAGGUUCGACACUAUACCACAGCUCAUCGAAUACUACAGAGUAAUGGAAAUGAAGGAAAUAGAGGAGAAAUAAUGCGGACAAGUUUCCUCAGGGACACCGAAUAUCGAGCCAUCUAAUUCUGAAGCGACCCGUGGCGCGACCCGAUUGGCUCAUAAAGCACGAGAAAGUUACGUAUAACCCCGAAAAGGUACGUGUUGCACUGUUUUGCUCUUAUUGCAAGCUUAUUGCUAAUGUUAUCCAACAAAAACUUUUAUUUAAAAGAUAUUCGGCUAAAAAUGGGCUUCUUGUAUUAAAAAAACGAAUUGAUAUCAAAAAAAUUGCUCGAUUUUCUGAUAUUUUUUUGCGGUAAUUUUUUCAUUUUUUUGCUCAAAUUUCUUCGAAAUGUCACUAUUUGCUUAUAAAUUGCUCACCGUUGCUCAUAUUAUACAAAUUUCAAAGAAAACUUGUCGCUGUAGAUAUUUUCUACAAAAGUUGAUCUUCAAAAAAAUGCAGAAAAAUUUUGUUUUAAACAAAGGUUUUGCUCAUCAUUGCUCAUGUUAAAGAUUUUUUUCUUUUAUCGUGCUAGAAUUCGCAUUGCUCAUGUUAUAGACAUAAUUGCUCAUUUUCCACCAAAAACAAAAUAAUCGCAAACAUACCCUUAAAGUUAUCCCAUCAAAGUUAAAAACGAAAAUAUUUGCACCAAAAAUCGUUUAUUGCUCAUGAUACGGUUACUGUGCUAAAUUCAAACACUACUAUUGCUCAUUCUCCCUCAUCACAGGACAAACUCGGGACGGGAAACUUUUGCGACGUUUACAAAGGAACGUACGCACGUGAUCACAACGAGUCGAUCACCGUGGCCGUGAAAGUUUAGAGUGGCCACUUAAGCGGUCAUUUGAUUGGUUUUCUUUUUUUCAGAUCUGCCAUCAGGGUCAAGCUGGGAAAGUCGCCGGAGGCGCAACGAGAAGCUCGUGA